GAAUUUAAAUAUAUUAUUAUUAUUAUUAAUCGCCUUACUAAAAUAAAAUACUAUAUUCCUACCGUUAAUCUAAUAGUAAAAAAAUUAAUAGAGUACUUUAUUAAGAAAAUCUAUAGUAUUUACAAUCUACCGGACUCUAUCGUAUCCAAUUAUAAUACUCAAUUUAUUUUAUAA